AUGUGGAAAGGCUUUUUGAGUAUUUUUGGGGGUUUCCUUACCCAUCUAGUUACAGGCGCAUUCUAUUGUAUACUUCAUUAAUGAGAGUAGUUUGGGGCAAUAUUUCCAUGAAUGUCAGCUCUUACUAUCGCUUCAAUGGAUACCCAGAUAUUGAAACAAAAACUGUUUCUGCUGUCUUUCCAGCCAUAUACUUUGGGAUUGCUAUAGGAAGUCAAUUUGGUAUUCAUUUGGCUCGCCGUUUUGGUCAUAAGUUGAUAAGUGUAGUAAAUAUGUUGUGUUAUUGUGCAUCUAUGUAUGCAGCAACAUAUAGCAACUUUUACUUUUUUGUAUUCUUUCAAGGUUUAUUACCAGGGGUUUUUAUUGGAAUUGAGUACUUAAUUCCAGUCGACAAUGCAUUGAAAUUUUUUCCUUCGAAAAAAGGCAUGGUCACAGGAUUAAUAUUAUGUGGAUUUGGAUUCACACCACUUGUUUUUAAUCCAAUAUUAUAGAAACUAUUAAAUCCAGACAAUAUUCUUCCAGUCAAUGGAUACUAUCCAGAAGAUGUUGCUGAAAACCUGAUGAAAAGUCUAAGAAUUGUUACCACCAUUUAUCUAGUGUUGGGAUUAAUCGGAGCGUUUUUGAUGUAAUCAAUAAAUUAAAGUGACGAUCAUGAUGACGAAACAUAUAAACAGUACACAUAAUAAUUAAUAUCAAUAGGAAAUUAAUCUAAAAUGACGCACAAGUCAGUGUAAAUUCUUAAUUUGAUAUACUCAAGAAAAAAGAGUUCUGGCUCAGUACAUUUUAGGUAUUUUGUUUAACUGGUUUUGGAUUCAUCCUUAUCUCCCACUAUAAGGAGUAUGGUAUAGUCCAUAUACCAGAUGACUAGUUUUUUUCAUUAGUCGGUAUGAUUGGUGGAUUUACAAAUGGGUAUCAUUAUUUCAUUAAAAUUACAGCCUGUCUCGUUUCCUCUGGAGUUUUUUGUUGGAUUUUAUAAAUUACAAAUACCUUGUUUUUAUUAAUAUAGUGAUGGCUAUGAUUUUGGCAGCAACAAUAAAUCUGAUUGCUGAUUCAAAAUUUCUAUUUAUGUUAUGGGUUAUACUUACUUACUUACAGUAUGGAGGAUUGUACACAUUAUUUCCUGGAAUAUGCACUAAAGUAUUCAUAUAUUAGGAGAUAAUAGUAAUUUGGUACUAAAUUCGGUCCGUUGGCAUACAAUAUGGCAUUUAAUAGCAUUCCUUUUUCAAAUUUGACUUAAUUUCUAUUAACUUUGUAUUUUCAUGAUUAAUUCAUGAAUGGGCAAUUGUUUUACAUUUAUGUUGGAAUCAAUUUUCUAGCACUUAUUAUUUAAGUCUAUUUGCUAAUAAACGAAGGAUAACGUAAAAGGUUAAGUAGUGUAAAUUACACUGAAUGA